UACGUAGAUCUACUACAGUGUACUAGUACUAGUACUAUACCUACGUGGAGAUGGCCGAUCUGAUCGCCACGACUGCGUGUGCAGUGUGCUGCCGGUGCCGUGACUUAUCGACUAUCGUGGACACUGCCUUGUGCCGUUUUGUGGUCCAGUCUUCUCAAACGAUAGCGAAUACUCGUAGAUCUACUUCGUAGACCUACUCCGUAGAUCUACUCCGUAGAUCUACGGAGUAGUGUGUAGACCCUAUCCUGCUGUACUACUGUAGUCUGUAGUCAGUGUAGAGUGUAGAGACCAGGGAUCGGGAGUAGACCUACUCCGCGGCGGUGGAGACACUGACAGUCUGAGCUCUCCAUGCAACAAAUAUUUUUGGUUGUGUAUUCGCAAGUCUUUUAGUUUUAGUGAAAUGUAACUAUAAUUAUUAGGUUUGUGGAACAAGAUCCUAACAAGCUGCAAGAGCGAAACCAACGAACUGGGCUGCGUGGUUCUCGCCUGCUGGAAAGUGCCCGAACUUAUUCUUCCGCAGAUGACAUUAUUCAGCGACUAUAAUCAUCAGCCGUGAAGAGGAAAUGGCUACGGCACCAGAAACUGAGCCGAAUAGUUCAAUCGAAGGAAACGAUGAAGAAGAAGAGACGGCUGCUGGAACCUCAAGCGAUGACAGCCAGACGGAGCCAGAGCCCGAGCCAGAGCCCGAGCCAGCGGCUGCUGCAGCUGUCGACAGGCCCAGGGGCUACGGAACAUUAUCAAACUCUCUAGGCGAUACUGUGAGCGACAAUACUCUGGCAACGUACGCUGUUUCCAGGUUUGAAAUGCCAGGCAUGGUUGUAGGACUACUCUUCAUCGCUUACUGGUGCGGGCCGAGUCGGGAUUUCCUCAGGAAUUUGGUGCAUUGGUGGAGUAAAGCGAAAACAAAGAAUAAAGGAAAGACGGCCGUCAUACUGUUCAGCCCUGAUGCGAAAAGACUGGAGUACCAAAGCUUCACGAAGCAAGUACCAAGAGGGUUCUACCAUAUACCCUUUGGUAAUGGUCAUGGUCCAAUUAUUGCCCGGCGAAUGGCCAGCAAAUACGGUGUGACUCUCGUACCCAGCUUGGUAUUCAUUGAUGGAUACAAUGGUGACGUUGUCUAUCCGAAUGGCAGACAGCUGGUGGAGAGCGAUCCGCUCGCAAAGCGACUCACCUGGAGGCCCCCGGACAUCAGAGAUCUGUUCAUCAAAGGUCAUUAUCUUGAGGCGCCGGUAAUACCACCGGAGAACCCCGAAGAGAAAGUCACGUAUGACAUGGUUGUCGGCGAGUGUCUCUUAGGCAAGCAUAUCCUGCUCUACUUCGGAUCUUCUAAGAGCCAUUUGUGCCAAGACUUUGAGAAGCUGCUACAGAAGACGGAGAAGCGCAUGAAGGAGAGGAACGAAAAAUUUGCUAUUGUCUACGUCAACGCCGACCGGAAUCCGGGUGACUUUCAGAAUAACUUCUACAACUGCUUGUGGCUUGCGGUUCCUCACGACGACGAUCGCAGGGAGUUCUUUGCUAACUAUUAUCACAUCCGAUGCAUUCCACGUUUAGUUGUCCUGGGUUUAGAUUUGAGGAUAAUAACAACAGAGGGUGUGUCAUGCAUCAACCACGAUCCACUCGCAGAUGAUUUUCCAUGGCAAGAAGAGCCCGUUAUGGAGCUGACAGAGCGCUAUGAACAGGCCAUCAACACUAAGCAAUGUGUCAUCUGCUUCACUGACGGAAGUUCGCAACAAAGAGCAAUCGCAAUGAAGUUGUUAUCUGAGACAGCAGAGCUGAUAUUCAUGGGAGACGUGCUGUUGGAUGAGGAUUGGGAUGUCCAGUUUCUGUACACCGGAACGAAUGUGGAAAUCCGCAACCGCCUGCAGAAAGUGAUAGGCAUGAGGCGUGCUACAGCAUAUCCGUAUAUUGUCGUCCUCGACUUGGCUUGUCAAAGGCUCUGGGCAUACGAUGACGUUAUGACAAGUGAACAGGUCCAUAGGUAUCUCAAGCAGGUUUUCGAGGGAACGAUUGCCUCGAAAACCUUUGCCGCGUGGAGACGUUGAAAAGGACAGUGAGUCUGCCAAUCCGUGCAGCAAGUGUGACGGAGCACUAACUGAUUUUUCUCCAUGGGUACGUGUGCAUUUCUGCGCAUAUUUGUUUGGUCAGAUUCCGGGUGGGACAGCUUGACGAUACAAAUUGUGCUGUAACAUAACUUUUGAAUGUCUUCGUCUCCCCAACUAUCAGCCAAUCUAAUGAAAUUUGUAUCUGAGAAAUGCCCGCAACGGUAUCAUGGCAGUUCAGUUGAGUGAUUAAAAUCAUAGCCCCCCCCCCCCAAUCUGGGGACCACAAUGCUUCGACAUAGAAUGACUGUGUAGAGGUUUGGAUUACACGACCAGAGAGCCAGAAGCCAUGUUAUGCAUAAUGGAUACCUGAAGCAUGUUAUGCAUAAUGGAUACUUGAAGCCAGGUUAUGCAUAAUGGAUACCUGAAGCCAGGUUAUGCAUAAUGGAUACCUGAAGCCAGGUUAUGCAUAAUGGAUACCUGAAGCCAGGUUAUGCAUAAUGGAUACCUGAAGCCAGGUUUUGCAUAAUGGAUACCUGAAGCCAGGUUAUGCAUAAUGGAUACCUGAAGCCAGGUUAUGCAUAAUGGAUACCUGAAGCCAGGCUAUGCGUAAUGGAUACCUUGUGUACGGUGCCAGUGUGGAGAGCAUGAACUGCUGGAGUUUACAAUAGCAAUCCAUUCUGAAAAAAGAACGAUAACAUUAAUUUCUAAGACAGUUCAUGCUGCUGGGCAACAUGUACAGUCCUAUCAGCUCGUGAAGUAUGCGGCGAGAAUUAUUAUUACCCUAGU